AUGGAUGGCAAUCGAAUUCACUGCUAUGCCUGUGACGUUGUGUCGCCAAAAGGCCCUGAUUUAUUAUGUCCCAACUGUCACUCUGACUUCACCGAAAUAAUCGAGAUUCCACCAGAACCCGAAACCCCCGAGCCUGCACGCUCUCGCCCAGAUCCAUGGGGAGACAACAGCCCAUGGGAAGAAGAAGACAAUACAGGGUUCAUGGGCUUCAGGGCUUCUCCUCCCAGCUCUUUCAGAACGUAUCGAUCUCCUGACGGACGCUUUCAAUUCAGCAGUGCAACAAUCAAUUCGCGCUCAAAUGACCAGCAGAACACUACCGCCGAUCCUCUUGGUAUGAUGCUGCUACAAAACAUUCAUUCAAUCCUGGGAUCCAUGGCAGAUCCUCAGGAGCGACCACACAGAAUGCGGGGAAUGGGAGAGAACCCUUUUCUGUCAUCGACUGAUCCCGACUGGCUCCAUGAUGAUCACCUCACGGGUCACCACCCGGGCAUGCCUCGUGAGGCUGAUAAUGCAAGGAUAAACCAUCUCAGGAACAUGCAUAACCUCAUAAAUGCUGGUCAUGCACAGAGGGGAGCCGAGAAUAUUCAUGUUGGCCCAGGUGGCCCAGGUAGCCCAUUUCAACUAAUAUCGGCUCUUUUGAACAUGCCACCCCAACUCCGAAAUGCAGAUGCUGCUUACUCUCAGGCGGAAUAUGACCGUCUCCUAUCGCAACUGAUGGAGACCCAUGGAGGGACGGGAACUGCCGCACCACCUGCAUCUAGAUCGGCGAUUCGCGCUUUACCACGAAAGAAAGUUGACCAAGAGAUGAUCGGACCUGAAGGUAAUGCAGAAUGUUCAAUCUGUAUGGAAAAUGUUGCACUUGACACGGAAGUCACCGUGCUGCCCUGUACCCAUUGGUUCCAUUUUGACUGUAUCGAGGCAUGGUUGAAACAACACGACACCUGUCCUCACUGCCGUCGCGGUGUCAGUGAAAACACCAGAAGCGAAGGCAGCACUUGUGAUAACCCGGUUGUCAUUCCGGAUAGCCCUGAGUCAUCCCGCCGCCGCAGUUCUGCCAAUGCUCCACGCACCCCACGCAAUGGUCGUUCAUCUGUAUCCUCUAUGCAACAUGGAUUCACACGCCACUUCACACCACCUGAAAUCUCCUCUGACCCUGAGACGGGGGGAACAACAGCCACCCGACGCCCUAGUCGAGGUGAAGGUAGUGGGUCUAUCAGCAGCUGGUUCAGCAACCGAUUUGGCAGUAGCGCCUGA